CGGCAUGAUGACCCGGCAUGAUGACCCGUCGCUCCGAAUCGGCAUACGGGGCAAACCGCAAACAUGUGAGAUGUGAGGCUCAAGCCGGAAACAUUCAAGUCGGCCAGACUACCGAGGCGGUUUGAAAUGCCGGAGAGACCCUUGAUCCAGGGCACGGCCGUGUCGGAGUUAAUCACGACGUUGGUUCGUGACUGUGCCGGCCGCGGGGUCACGGGGUGUGCAUGCCUGGCAGCUCACGGCAACUGGAAACCAUGGGAGGGAGGAAGGAACAAAGACGACCAACAGCACGAGGGGCAGCCAGAGAGCUUUCAGUGCUGCCUACCAGGGAGUUGAUGUGGAACAUGCUCCGAACGCGAUAAAAGUUCUCUUCACGCACCUUUCUCUUUCGGUAUUUCCCUUUACAUCAUUCCAUGUUAAGCAAUCAUCACAUACCACCUUGAUACUCGUCAACUACCUACCUAGGCAACUUCCAAUUUCCCACCGUCUCGCCCACCAUGACCCAGACCAUCGUCCUCAUCAGCGGCGCGAACCGCGGCCUCGGGCGCGCCUUCCUCGAGAUCUUCCUCGCCCGGCCGAACCACACCGUCAUCGCGGCGAACCGCGACCCCGCGGCCAAGACGUCGCAGGAGCUGCUCAGCCUGCCCGCGGCGGCCGGCAGCAAGGCGAUCGUGGUCAAGCUGGACGCGACGGCCGAGGGCGACGCGGCGGCGGCCGUGGCGGAGCUGCAGACGAAGCACGGCGUGGACCACGUCGACGUGGUGAUCGCCAACGCGGGCGUGGCCUGGGUGAUCCCGACGGUGUCGCAGCUCAAGAUCGCCGACCUCGAGGAGCACAUGAAGACCAACGUGCACGGCGUCGUGCGCCUGUACCAGGCGGUGCUGCCCCUCGUCAAGAAGUCGGCAGCGCCCGUCUGGGUCAGCAUGGGCUCCGAGUCGGGCUACCUGACCAACUUCCUCAGCUUCCCCAACGCCGCCUACGGCCCCACCAAGGUCGUGCUGCACUGGCUCACCUGCGCCAUCCACGCCGAGGAGCCGACCCUUACGGCCUUUGUCGUCGACCCGGGCCGGGCCAAGACCGACAUGGGCAACCGUGGCGCCAAGGCGGCCGGCGAGCUGUUUGGCAUGCCCGAGCUGACCGAGGCCGAGGUCCCCGUCGACGAGAGCGUUGGCGGGCUCAUCAAAGUCAUCGACGCCGCCACGCGCGAUACCCACAGCGGCAAACUGUGGAACUACAAGGGCGAGCACGUUGCGUGGUGAAGAAGAAGUUGGGGUCCUUUGUGUGCGGCAUACGGAAGGAACAGGCAGCAUUCUUCGGCCAUGUGGUUGACAAGAAGAAAAGAUGACUUUGUGAAAGUGGCGAAACAUAAUGUAUUCUAAGCAAUCCUUAAGAAUAAGAAUUUGAUGUAUGUUGUUGACCCGAC